AUGCAGCCAAACAAGAGUGUAACUGAGUUCAUACUGUUAGGAUUGACACAGGAUCCUAUAAGGCAGAAAAUCGUGUUCAUAAUCUUCUUAAUCUUCAACACUGGAACUGUGGUGGGGAAUUUGAUUAUUAUUGUGACCAUCAAGUUCGGUCGGACUUUUGGGAGUCCCAUGUACUUCUUCCUAUUUUAUUUGUCCGUUGCUGAUACCUGCUAUUCAACUUCCAUAGCCCCUAGACUAAUUGUGGAUGCUCCCUCUGCAAAGAAAGUUAUAUCCUAUAACGAGUGUAUGACACAAGUUUUUGCACUGCAUUUAUUUGGAUCCAUGGAGAUCUUUGUCCUUGUCCUCAUGGCUGUUGAUCGCUAUGUGGCCAUCUGUAAUUCCUUGCAUUACCCGACCAUCAUGAGACAACAAGUUUGUAUCAUGUUGAUUACUCUUGCCUGGAUAGGGUCUUUUAUACAUUCUGUAACUCAGAUUGUGCUGGUUUUGAAACUACCCUUCUGUAGAUCAAAUUUAAUUGAUCAUUACUGCUGUGAUUUGCAGCCCUUGUUGGAACUUGCUUGUACGGACACUUAUGGGAUAAACUUACUGUUUGUGUCCAACAGUGGGGCCAUUUGCUUAAUCAGUUUCUUGCUUCUGAUGAUCUCAUACUUUGUUAUCUUACAUUCGCUGAGAAACCACUGUGCAGAAGGGAGGAAAAAAACCCUUUUAACUUGCACCUCACACAUCAUUGUGGUUGUCUUAUUCUUUGGCCCGGGUAUAUUUAUAUAUACACACCCAUCAACCACUUUCCCCAUGGACAAGAUGAUGACAGUAUUUUAUACCAUUGGGACACCCUUUCUCAACCCAUUCAUCUACACACUAAGGAAUGCAGAAGUGAAAAAUGCCAUGAAAAAGUUGUGGAGUAUCAAACCUAAGAAAGCAAACGACAAAAUGAGGGUAUGA